AGUUGCGUUUUAGUGAAAGCUGAGGUCGAUAUUGUUGUGAAAUAAUUUGUAGUAAAAUUUUUAUUUUGAUGUAAAGAUACUACUGCUUUUAUGAUUGACGAUGUUAAUAUUUAUCGGUUUUUGCAAUGGUGCUUAUACCCAUUUGUGUGAAGUUGUUUUUGUCAGCAUUUUUGUUUUUGUAGUUGUUUUUUGCCACAAAAAUGAAGAAAAGCUCCAUCAAGAUUUAUUUGCAAAUUAUAAUCCAGCAGUACGCCCCGUUGUUAAUGAUAGUGACACUGUUAACGUUACUUUUGGAUUGAUGUUGUGUCAGCUAGUAGAUGUGCAAGAAAGAAACCAGUUGCUUGUAAUCAGUACUGUGAUUAGUCAGAAAUGGAAAAAUCCUUAUUUAACAUGGGACCCUGAAAAAUAUAGCAACAUUACUGAGAUACGUGUUGAUCCUGCGAAAGUUUGGAAACCAGAUAUUGUGCUAUAUAAUAAUGUGGCUGAAGACAGGCUAUUUGCUGAAAAUUUUGGAACGUUGAAAAGUCGCGUCAUUGUUGAUAACACAGGUUACACAACAUGGUUAACACCGCUUAUUUUAUCAAGUAAUUGUGACAUGAAUUUAAAAUACUUUCCAUUUGAUACCCAAAAAUGCCCGCUUAAAUUUGGGAGUUGGACGCAUAAUAUGCAUCGCUUAAACAUUAUCAAUGAUCGAGAUUCUGCAAUUCUUGAUAAGUUUGCAAACCACACAGAGUGGUAUCUGGUUAGUGCAAAAGCUAUCAGAAAGGAAGAAAUGUAUAUAUGCUGCCCAGAAGUUUAUCCUGACGUUACAUAUACCAUAGAAUUACGAAGAAGAUCGUUGUUUUAUGUUUGCAAUCUUAUAUUUCCGCUAGUUAUUAUAAGCUUGCUUCCUAUCCUAUCAUUUGUAUUACCCUCUGAUUCAGGCGAACGAAUUUCUUUGGUAAUAGCACUUCUUUUAUCUUUGACUGUAUAUUCUAUGAUUGUGUCCAGUAUUAUUCCUGAUACAAGUGACUCCGUGCCAUUAGUAAGCAUAUUUUAUCUUUCCGUAUUUUUUGAAAUGGUAGUCAUGAUCGUGAUAUUGUGCUACAUAAUGACUCUGCAUCAUAAGGCUGCUUGUGAUCCUCCUAUGCCUAACUGGAUGCGAAAGUUCAUUCUAAAUUGGUUAGCAAAUCUGCUAAAAAUACAUAAAAAUAAUCAAGAUUCACCUUUACCUACUGGAGACAACUCGAAGUCAAGCAACCUACUUGUCAUAGAUUAUAAUAGUUUAAUCUACCAAUCAAACUGUACACUUACAAGUAUAUCUAAACUAGAAGAUUUUUGUUUUGAAAAAAUUGAGAGUAGAAUUGAAAAGAAAACACCAGACAGUAGUACGAUCCAAAAUAUAAAGACUACUCAAGAAGAAAUUUCCUCAAACAUAGUCAAAACACUAGCAAAAAUGGAUUGUUUUACUGAAGAAAUUCAUAGAAAUGAACUGAAAGUUAAACUUAUAAACGAAUGGAAAAUUGUGGCUAUUACUUUAGACAAAUGCGCUUUUUUUGGAUUUGCAGUGUUAUAUGUGUUGACAAUAGUGGGAUGUUUUUCGCUUUCACCAGGUUACAAAUCAUAGUAAUAUAAUAAACUUUGGACUGAUAAAUAAGCCAUUUAUUAAAUUGGGAUGUUCGCUAAGCAGAAUUAACAAAAAUGAAAAAGCUAGUGGAUCCAAAUUGAGUUUUCGUUCGGUAGUUUAUUCAUUUAAUAAUAUACUUGCAUGAUUUUAAAUACGUUCAAAAAUGUGUUUGUUUAGUAAUGCACUUUUAUAUAAUUUAUUCGUUUAAUAAACCAUAACAAAGU